UGUCAUUUGUCAUUUUGAUAGUAUGGUACCUAAUAAAAAUUUUUGAUUAAAAAUUACUAUUUAGUUAAAAAUUUAAUAAUGGCAGACGAACAGUCAGUAAAUGGUAAUGCGGAAGAAUUACCAGAAAAAAAUCAAAAGAAAGUAGCCAAAUAUGACAGUGGUGCCGCUGAUUUGGAGAAAGUUACAGAUUAUGCCGAAGAAAAAGAAAUAUCUACCCAAGAUGUAGCUAAUGCAAUUUCAGCUAUAGGUGAUAGAAGAAAUAAAGACGCUUUGGAAAAACAAGAAAGAGAAAAAGAAUUGUUAAAAGUGUCUGUGAAAAAAGAAGAUGUCGAUUUGAUUGUUCGGGAAAUGGAAAUAUCUCGAAACCUAGCAGAAAAAACACUUAGAGAAUAUCAUGGAAACGUUGUAAAUGCCCUCAUAGCUCUUACUAAUUGAGUUAUAAUAAUUACAUUCUCUUAUCAGUGAAAACGUGUGUUCAGUAGGACAUAAAAUUGAUCAAUUAUUGUCAAACAUACAGGUUCACCAACAACUAAUGAUUAAACAUCUAUGUAAAUUUAUUUAAUAUAUAAAAAAUCAAUAUAACAAUU